GUGUACCUCUCCAGUGGACGACGGGCAGAGCCGGACCAGCGGAAACGACAGCCAUCCGACCUCUUCACUAGUAUGGACUGGGACUCUCUGCCGGAGCCAGGCGCGGGCAGCACCAUCGGACACGUGGCCGGCCGGUGGCCGCUGCGGCCGCGGACCGAGCGAGCCACCUCCCCACCAGCUGCCCGACGGAGCGACGACUGUCCCGCCGCUCUGCGCGCCGUCUCCGAGCUGCCGGCGCGCUACCGGGCCGUGUUCCAGCCAUUCACCCUCUUCAACCGGGUGCAGUCGGCCGUACUCGACGACGCACUCUACUCAGACCGGCCCCUGGUGGUGUGCGCCCCCACCGGCUCCGGGAAGACAGUCAUUUUCGAGCUGGCCAUAGUUCGACUGCUGAUGGAGUUCGAACGGGCCGGUCAGCCGGUGGACUGCCUCGCCGUCUACAUGGCGCCGAUGAAGGCGCUCUGCACUGAGCGCUUCCGCGACUGGCGGACCAAGUUCGGUCCGCUCGGCCUGGAGUGCUGCGAGCUGACUGGCGACACCGAUCGAGACGAGUACGCCGAGCUGCACCGGCCGCAGGUGGUGCUGACCACGCCGGAGAAGUGGGACUCGGUGACUCGGCGCUGGCCGCGGCUGGGCUCCGUCCGGCUGCUGCUGCUGGACGAGGUGCACCUGCUGGCCGACCCGCAGCGCGGCCCCACCAUGGAGGCCGUGGUCAGCCGGACCAGGAGUGCCCCGGCCGCCAGCACCCGGUUCCUGGCGAUAUCGGCCACCAUCCCAAACGCCGCCGACGUGGCCCAGUGGUUGGGCGCCGACGGUGGCGCUGCCGUGUCACACCAGCUGGGCGAGAGCGCGCGCCCGGUGCGGCUGCGCCGCCUGGUGCUCGGCUACCGCUGCCCGGAGCGGUGGUCGCCGUUUCGGUUCGACAUGUCGCUCAACUACCAGCUGGCGUCUGUGCUGCACACCUACUCGGACGGAAAGCCGGCGCUGGUGUUCUGCUCCACUCGGAAGGGGUGCCAGCAAGCGGCGGCUGUGCUCGUCCAGCAGGCCGCUCUGGUGGCCGACGGACGGCACAAGGUGCAACUCACCCGCGCCGCCAACCUGGUCACCGACGGCGCGCUCCGAGAGCUGCUGCUGAAGGGCGUCGGUGUACACCAUGCCGGCCUGUCGCCGGCGGAUAGACAGGCAGUGGAGCAGCUCUUCCUGGCCGGCCACCUGCCCGUUCUGCUGUGCACCAGCACACUCGCGAUGGGCGUCAACUUGCCAGCUCACCUGGUGGUGAUCAAGUCGACCCGCCACUACACGGCCGCCGGCUGCCAGCUCUACUCGGACGCCGAGAUUCUGCAGAUGUGUGGACGCGCCGGCCGGCCGCAGUUUGAUACGGACGCCACUGCCGUCAUCAUGACCGAGACCGCGCACAGGGAGCGGUACGAACGGCUGCUGAGCGGCUCCCAGCUGAUCGAGUCGUGCCUGCACCGCCACCUGAUCAGCCACCUGAACGCCGAGGUGGUGCUGGGAACCGUCACCGACCUGGAGGCGGCGCUGCGCUGGCUGCGCUCCACCUUCCUGUACGUGUGCGCCGUACGCCGGCCGGACCACUAUGGCCUGGGCGGCGGCGCCGCGCUCAGCCGUACACAGGUUGAGGACCAGCUGCAUGAGCUGUGUGUGCAGGAGCUGGAUCGGCUGGCAGACGCCGGCCUCAUCUCCAAAGGCGAGCUGGAAGUGGUGCCCACCCCCGCUGGCCGACUGAUGGCCAGAUUCUGCAUCUCGUUUAACACGAUGCGCGCCCUCCAACAGAUGAGUGGCCAGGAGGACCUGCCCGCGCUGCUCUCCGUCCUGGCCGGCUGCGACGAGUUCGAGGGCGUCCAGCUGCGCACUAGCGACAAGAGGUGUCUGAACGCCCUGAACCGGAGCUCUGAGCGAGCCACCGUUCGCUACCCGCUGCCGGGCCGAAUUAAAACCACCCAGAUGAAGAUCAACUGUCUGCUGCAGGCCGCCCUGGGCUCCAUCUCAAUCGGUGAUCCCUCGCUCUCACAAGACCUCACCAAGAUAUGCCGGGUGACUGAGCGAGUCAUGAGGUGCGCCGUCGAGUACCUGCGCUCGGCGGGCGGCCACCGGGCCUACGUGUCGGCCGUGCUGCUGGCCAAGGGUGUGCGCACCCGGCUGUGGCCCGACUCGCCGCUGGUGGGCCGCCAACUGGCCGGCGUCGGCCCGGCGCUGGCCGCCGCACUGGCCCAGGCCGGACUCACAUCGCUGGACGCCAUCGCAGCGGCGGGCGGACGGCGGAUCGAGCAGGCGGUGAACCGGCUGCCGCCGUUCGGCGCCCAUCUGUGCGCAGCGGCCGGCGGGCUGCCGCGCUACGGAGUGACGGCCGAGCAGCAGGGAGCGCCGGCGGCCACCUCCGCCACCGUCACCCUCACCGUCCGUCUGCUGACGCAGCAUUUCUCGCCGGAAACGUCAGCCACCGGCGCGCGCCACUCGUGUCUGCUCGUCGUCGGCGAUGAGGACAACCGUCUGCUGUGCGCCGCGCGCCUCACGGACGGCGCGCUGCAGAGGGCCGGACAGCUGCAGCGUCAGCUCCACGUGCAGCGAGCCAGCGCCGGGGACCUCCUCACCAUCAGCUACAUCAGCGAGAGCUGGGUCGGUCUGGACGUGCGAGCCGAGUUUUCGCCGGUGUACCGGACGCCGGCUGUGGGAGCUGGCAGGGAGCAGCUCCCGGCGGCGGACGGCGCCGCAGCCGCCACCACAGACGCCGGUGUGGCGGAUACGCGCCAGUGCCGCCACCACUGUCUCGACAAGACUGGCUGUGCCCACCUUUGCUGCAAACAGGGCGUGCCCGUGCGGCCCGUCGGCACGCGCGAGCGCGUCUCGCGGCUGAUGCGCGCCGGCGCCGCGCCGCCGCCACGCGCCGAGCUGGCGGCGCCGGCGCUGAAGAGGCCGCCGGCGGCGCGGGCCGGGCCGUCGGUGGCCAAGGUGGCGUGUCGGCCAGCCUCUGUCCUCAGCCACAACGCGGUCUGUCCGACCAUCGCCGACUACUUCAAGACCACCCAGCCUGCCACCGUGGCCGCGCGCGCCCGCGACGUGCCGCCACCACCGGAGCCGGACGGCACCGAGGCCGCCCAGCGCCGCUCCAUAUUCUCCGCCUGGGCGGCACUGGAGUCGCUGCGCCAGGCGCGCGCGGAGCCCGCCUGGAGCCGCCGACCAGCCGGUGCUGCCGGCGGCGGUGACACGGCCAUCUAG